AUGGCCAAGACUUUCGUGGACAAAAUCAAAUCGUCGAACCAAGCCAUCAUCGGCACGGUGUUGACGAUCCCGACACCAAUCAUUGCUCAGCUGGCCGGCCUUGCAGAUGGCGAGUUUGUCAUGAUUGACAUGGAGCACGCUCCGAUGACCAUUGAUGCUGUGACUCAGAUGGUAUCUGCAUACACAACGGCAUCUUCAGGGACUAAGUUUCCACUCGUGCGAAUUCCAUCUCAUGGAGUCGAGUGGUUGAAGUGGGCUUUGGAUAGUGGAGCAGCAGGUAUUAUCGUGCCGAUGGUCAAUAACGCGGCAGAGAUGAAAGCAAUCAUUGAUAAAGCCAUCUAUCCCCCAGGAGGAAGACGGUCGUUUGGGCCGCGCUAUGCUCCAUUCGCACAUCCGGACGGACCUGGAAGCGGAAUGGGAGGGUACUUUGCACGGGCGAAAGCGGGCGAGAUAGCACUUUUGCCAAUGAUUGAGUCCAAAGAUGGAUUGCAAAAUGUGGAAGAAAUCUUGUCUAUGCCAGAGGUCUCCGGUACUUUUAUCGGACCUGCCGAUUUGCGGCUUUCUCUUGGAAUGUCGCCAGGCAUCGACGGCACAGAGUCGGAGUUCUUGGACGCCCUGGACAAAAUCAGAACGACGGCGAAGAAGCAUGGGAAGGUAGUAGGGACCAUGGGUAUGGGUGAGGAGGUGGCAAGGAAGAGAGCUGCCGAAGGCAUGGAUUUUCUGCUUUCCACGUUCGACAAUGGAGCAUUAGUCGCUGGGUGGGCCAGGGAGUUGGCGGCGGCGAGAAAUGGCACAAUGGAAGCGAGCGCAAAGAUAUGA